CCCUUGGGUUCUUUAGGAGAGGUGGGGGUGAGGGUGCUGUACCCAGAAUGCCUUGCUCUCUGGCUCAGGAGGGCUGUUCCUGAAUCUUUUGCGCUCUCAGCCCCUGGGUUCCUGACCCAGAAUCCUGGGGAGGGGGUGGGGGUGGGGCGUGGCAGUUAUAACCAUAAUCCUUUGCUGUCCUGCUCUGGGUGUAUUACCCAGAGUCCUUUGGGGUGGGUCCUACCCAUAAUCCUUUGGGUAAAUGGGGUCUGGGACAGGGGAGAAAGUUCUUUGCUGCCCUAUUCCCCAGAAUGCUGUGCUGCAGGGAAGGGAGUGGGCUAUGUGUUUGUGCCGCCAGGUCCUGCCACCCCCAGGGUCCCCACGUCUCCUGGCAUGGCCCCUGGCAGAGUUGGUGGAGGCCACGGGCGGUUUCUCAGAGCAGCACAAGGUGGGCGAAGGUGGCUUUGGUUGUGUCUACCGUGCCCGGCUGCGGCACACGGAUUGUGCUGUCAAGCGCCUCAAGGAGGAUGCAGAGCUGAACUGGAACCUUGUCCAUAACAGUUUCAUCACAGAGCUGGAGAAGCUCUCGCGGUACCGGCACCCGAAUAUUGUGGAACUGGCUGGGUUCUGUGCUGAGAGGGGCCACUUCUGCCUUGUCUACGUCUUCAUGCCCAACGGGUCCUUGGAUGACCGGCUACGCCCACAGGACGGGCGUCCUCCAUUAACGUGGCCUCAGCGCCUGUCAGUACUGGUGGGGGCUGCCCGGGCCGUCCAGUUCCUCCAUCAGGACGUGCCCAGUCUCAUCCAUGGGGAUGUCAAGAGCUCAAACAUCUUGCUGGACCAGACACUGACCCCCCGGCUGAGUGACUUCGGGCUGGCACGGGUGGGAGUGGGGGGAGGCCGGGGGGGCCGCAGCGGGACCCUGGGCCGUACGGGCACAGUGCGGGGGACCCUGGCCUACCUGCCCCCCGAGUACGUGCAGACUGGUGCACUCUCCCCUGCCAUUGACACCUACAGCUUUGGUGUGGUGCUGCUGGAGGCACUGACAGGUCGGAGGGCACUGGAGACGGACGAACGUGGACAGACCAAGUACUUGAAAGACCUGGUGGCUGCAGAAGAGGAGGAGUCCGGGGUGGGUGACAGGGAUGUGGGCACCAGGCUGGGUCAGGCCUACGCAGACUCCCAGGCUGGGCCCUGCCCCCCUCUACUGAGCACCUCCCUCGGCCACCUGGCGGCUCAGUGCCUUCAUCGCCGCAGCAAGCAGCGCCCCCACAUGGACCAGGUGUAUGAGGAGCUGGAGCGCCUGCAGCAGGCCCUGUGCUGGGAGCCUGCCCUGCCCCCCUGCCGCUCCCCUGUGGACCCCCAGAACCAGCCAGAGGAGAGUGACGACAGCCUGCCAGGAGUGGGAGACAGCUUCUCCAGCCCCUUGCCACCUCCUGCUGUCAUCAUCAACCCAGCCCGGCGCCGAAUAAUGGAGCGCUUGGAAUUGUACGACCACGGUCUCCUUGACAGCCUGGGGGUGCUGGACUCGGGGCCCCCAUAUGGCUCUGUCCCCUCCCAGCUGCCUGAGGAGAGUGAAGACUUUGACGUUGGUCCCUGACGGACGGAGUUCUCAGUGCUGACACACUUUUGGAGCCCCCACCAGCUGCUAAGUUUUCUUCAGUACCACUGUGGAACCUAGGCAUCCUGAGGCUGUCUCUGCCCCCUAACAGUCCCAGGUCUUCUCCAGGGCCAUACACCAUGGUCCCUCUUUGUUCCUCUUCCCCUGACCCCUGAGGAACCCAGGCAUCCAGGAGUUGUCCCAGGUUCCCCCAUCCAUGGACACAGUUCUCACUCACUCACCUCCCAGGACUCGGGUUUUGGGGGGCUAUGGGGGGGGGUCGUAUAGGUCUCCCCCUUCUCAAAUCCAUCCCCCCCCCAAGAAAGGCCAAAAAGAAUAAAGUGUUUUGUAGAUUUGA